AUGUUGCAACUGCCCCAACUGUUAGAAGCAUUGCAGAUCUUUUAUAUGAGACCAACACAAGAUCUCGAAUAUGUGGCUCGACAGGGGCAUACUUUUGAUUCGAAAGCCCAAAUGCAGGCCCAAAGUCUAACAAAAACACCUGAAUUCCAACGUUGGCUUGCCUCACAUCGGCCGGACUUGCUUCUUGUUGAUGGAAACGCAUAUACCCCAGGCCCGGGUCGUAUUUCAGCCAUGUCUGUAUUUUGUGCAGUCUUGGUCCUCGGUUUGAUGAAAAGCAAGAAGCACAUAGUGCUUCACUUUUUCUGUGGUCAGCAUACAACUACCCACGACAGUAUGAGCGGACCCAAGGGGCUCAUGCGAAGUAUAAUCAGCCAAUUGUUAUACAGUGGAAAGCAGUUCGAUAUCGAUUUCAUCGAUUCGCGGACUUAUCGCGAGUCGCUGGAAGCACAAUCUCUUCCACAUCUUUGCGACAUAUUCUGCAAACUCAUUGAGCAACUUCAACUAGACACGAGUGUGUUUUGCAUCGUCGACGGGGUGUCCCUGUAUGAAGCAGACCAAUGGCUCGAUGAGCUUUGUUGCAUAUUUGAGACACUGAAUGCGCUAGUCGAAAAUGAGCACCUGCAGCCGGUAUUCAAAUUAUUAUUCACGAGCCCCUUUGCUAGCCGACGGCUUGGACAACAAACCGCGACCUCUCGAAGGGUAGUUCUCCGGAGAAGCACAGUAAAUGGCAGAUUAAUCUCCAAAGGCUCCGUUUGCAAGAAUUGGGCCGAUCGAGAGCGAUGCAGUACCCCCUCAUUGAAUGAAAAAGUAGAACAUGGCGAGAGUUCUGAUGAAGAUGAGUAUGAAUGA